AUGGAGCAGAUGGACGAUUUAACGUCACGCCUGAGAGACAUCCUACUAGAUCCAGACGAUGUCAAGAUGGAAACCUAUCAACCCGAUCCCACAGCUACCUGCAGCAUCCCAGCCACCGACGAGAACCCGCUCUGCCACGGAUGCCAAACCCUCUGCACAGAGCUCGAGCCUUACAUCGAAAAAGAAGCCAGUCUUCAGCCCGAACCCAAGCCCCCACAUCGCAGAGGCAGCAUCAAACUAACGAAGCUCAAGCGCACCAUUCACCCAGACGAACUCCGCCAGACCUCCUACCCAUUCACCUGGUUCAUGUCCACCGAUUUCCACCGAGUCCCUGAUGACACCCUGGUCGACGAAAUGGGAGAGCAUCUACUGCAUGUCCUGCCGUACAUAAUCGUGGGGAAUGUCCGCGUUCACGCAGCCUUGGUUGAGAAUGUUGAAAAUGGGGACCGUGUUACUGCGCAUUUCAUGGUUGAUGCCGACAAUGGCGUUAUCCCGGAGAAGAAGUGGUUUCUUGGGAUGUGGAUGCGCUAUGCGGCGGACUUUGAGUCUCUGGAAAUUUACUGUGGUGGAAGUGACCCUUUGAGGAGGCGACUGUUGUUUUUUAAGGCUGCUCUUGAUGUGGAUGAGUUGAGUCUGGAAUAUGAUGUUGCUUAA